GCCAAAGUUUCAGAAGAUCCACGAUCGUGUGAACACGUAGGUGUACAUUCUGAAGAAAGAGUAGCUAUUAGCCGUUAGAAUGGGCGAUGCUGAGGAGGAGCGUUUUUUAAUCGAUCAGAAAUCUAAAUGCGAGCAGCUUCUUAAAGAAGAAGCAAAUAUGACUGUCAACGAGGGCAAUGGAACAGAUAUUCAUCAAUGUCCGGCGAUCUUCGAUGAUCUGCUCUGCUGGUCGCGCACUGAUGCACCGGGAAUAGCGACCUUACCAUGUCCACCUGCCUCGAUUAUGGGAUACACCGAUUUGGCAACUGAGAAUUUAAGAGCACUGGCGGUUGCCAGCAAGGUCUGUCUGUCGAAUGGCGAAUGGUACCAGAACUCGGACGGCGUGUUCUGGAGCAACUACAGUCUCUGUGUACUGAAUAGAACGCGUUACAUGAUCAAUGGUGCUGAGAAACUGAAUUAUCCACGAUGGUAUAAUAAUAUGGCGGAGUAUUCGCUGCUGAAUAAAUGGUUGCCGAUUAUCAGAAUAGUAUCGCAAAUUGGAUACGGCACUUCAUUUACUACUCUAAUCGUCGCCAUGGUGGUCUUUUCCUUACUUAAGAAGCUCAGGAAUCCUAGAAAUAGAUUGCACAUGCAUCUGUUUGUGUCCUUUAUCAUGAGAGCUUUCAUGGCACUUCUGAAGGAUUGGAUUUUUAUUGAUGGAAUUGGAAUGGCUUGGAAUAUCGUCUUUGUCGGAAACAGUGCUUUUAUCAACGAACGCAGUAUGUGGAUCUGUAAGGCUAUUACGAGUCUGUGGCAAUAUUUUAUCGUGGCAAAUUACUCAUGGAUCUUGAUGGAAGGGCUGUAUCUACAUAAUUUAGUUUUCAAGGCGCUAUGUGCCGACACCAGUACAAUAGCUCUGUAUAUUCUGUUAGGCUGGGGUCUUCCCGUCUUAGUAGUAGUGCCAUGGAUUAUAAUACGCGCAACUAUCGAAGACACUCUCUGCUGGACCACACAUGACAAUCCUUUAUUGUUCCUUGUCAUAAGAAUACCAAUUAUUAUAUCUAUUUUGUUCAAUUUUCUAUUAUUCCUUAACAUCGUGCGUGUCCUGCUUGUAAAACUAAAGACAUCAGUGCAUCUUCAACGGAAAAAAAUGAAAUACAAGAGAUGGGCAAAAUCGACUAUGGUUUUGGUACCACUCUUCGGAAUACAUUAUACUUUCUUCCUUGGAUUAUCUUAUCAUAAAGAUUACCGGAUCGAACUCAUCUGGCUUUUUUGCGAUCAACUAUUUGCGUCCUUUCAAGGUGCUUUCGUGGCUUUAUUAUAUUGUUUGCUAAACGGCGAAGUCAGAGCGGAAAUGCGACGAGCAUGGAGGGCUCGACGAUCAAAGAAAGAGGUCGAUUCUUUCAUAUCUGGGCAUCGAGAUUUACCGAGAAAUUUGAAGGACGGAAUGAAUCGAAAGCAGCAUCGAUCUGAAGGCGAUGACAGCACAAAUUUCGCGAUUAUAGUCAUGAAAAAACUGUCGAUUAAAGAUGUUAAAUAG